GCAGCACACAGAUCAGUCUAGCUUCUACACUCAUUUGUCAAAUACUUAGAGGUUUGUCUUGAAAGAGGACGCAGAGAUGACUUUGGACGCUUCAUCCAGGAGCGGAAAACUCUACAGAGUGGUUGCUGUGAGUUUUGGACUACUGUGUAUCCUACAAGCUACUGUCAACAUUUCACUGCGUCUUUCUCUCUACAGCUCCAGUACAAAGAUCAUAAAAAAUCUGACUGAAGAAGGAGAAGAUUUGAAGAGGAAGCUGAGCAUCCUUGAUCAUUACUUACAACAAGGAUGGGUGUAUUCCAACAACAGUUUCUAUUACAUCUCCUCUAAUCAAAAGUCCUGGCAAGAGAGCAGAGAUGACUGUCGGCAAAGAGGUGCAGACCUGAUAAUCAUCAACAGCAAAGGAGAGCAGGAUUUUGCCAGAGGAUUCAAACGUCGCGCUUGGAUUGGACUAACUGACAGAGAGACAGAGGGGAAAUGGAAAUGGGUGGAUGGGACUGACCUGAAGACAAGAUGAAACCGUCUUGAAUUUGUAAAAAAGACAGCAAAGGCAAAAUGAAGA